AUGGUUGCCAAGAACAUCUUUCCCCGGGAUGAUCACUUGGAAUCAUACGCUCGUCUCGUCAGGUGCUGUGGCAACGCGAAAUAUCUGAGCGAUGCUCGCAAGAUCCACGCUUUGAUCGAAGGAACCCAUUACAAGAACAACAUCUACAUUGCGAAUCUCCUCGUCCAAAUGUAUGGCAAAUGCGGGAGCUCUGGCGAUGCACGCAGCGUGUUUGAUUCCAUUCUCACCCCCAACUCCUUUUCAUGGACAAUCCUGCUCCAAGCCCACAUUCACAACCAGCAGCUCCACGAGGCCAAGCGCCUUUUCGAUUCCAUGCCCGGGAAGAAUGUAGUGACUUGGAAUGCGCUUCUUUCGGCAAAUGCCAAAAUCGGGCAAAUUGAUGAAGCGAGGCUUGUUUUCGAUCGAAUUCCAGAGUGGGACGUUGUUUGCAUGAAUGCUAUUGUCACUGGGUUUGCGAAAUCUGGAAUGAUCAGCCAGGCUAGAAACCAAUUUGAAAACAUGCCUGAGAGAGACUCUGUGUCGUGGAAUGUGAUUAUUUCGGCAUAUGCUCAAGCUGGAGAUUUUCUUGAAGCAAAGAAGCUGUUUGAUAGAAUGGAACGAGAUCAUGAUUCUCACAAAAGACUGAGCAAUCCAGUCCUAUGGAACUCUAUGAUCGUUGCGCAUGCCCAGUGCGGAGAUCUUGAUGGAGCACGAAAGUUCUUUGCGAGGAUGACGCAGAGAGAUUGCGUGUCGUGGGCAACACUUAUCAACUCCUUUGCGCAGCAUGGCUGCACUAAUUUAGCAAGAGACACAUAUGAGAGAAUGCCACAGCACGAUGUUAUAGCAUGGACUGGAAUGCUCCGAGCAAACUCCCAGUGCGGUGAAAUCGAUCAAGUACACAAUCUCUUUGAUUCAAUGCCUCAAAGAAACCUAGUGUCGUGGACAGUUUUCCUAGCAACACUUUGCAAUCAAGAUAAUCUUGCAAAAGCUAGAAGAGUGUUUGAUCUGAUGCCCCAGAGAGACAGCGUUCCUUGGAAUGUUAUGAUCACUGCAUAUGCCCAACGAGGGCAUGUAAACGAAGCAAAGUGCUUUUUUGACAGUAUAGAAGUUCCAAACGUUAUCACAUGGAAUUGCAUGAUCGGAGCGUAUGGGCAAAAUGGACACUUAGACGAUGCUUGGGCAUUGUUUAAACGCUGUUCACAGCCAAACAUAGUGACCUGGAACGUUCUUAUCGUGUCGUUUGCCCAGAAUCUACAUUGUGCUGAGUCCAUUCAGCUCUUUAAAGUCUUAAAUCUGGAAGGAUUCAAGCCAGACGAGCUGAGUUUCAUGGGCCUUUUGAUCGCUUGCUGCCACCUUGGGCUGGUAAUUGCUGCUAGAGACACCUUGGCUUCAAUGGUUUUUGACUACGAUAUAAGCCCUGAGCGAGAUCACUACUGCUGCUUGAUCGGUGUUCUUGCGGGAGCUGGGCUCUUGGAUGAUGCUGAGGAUCUCAUCAACACAAUGCCAUUUGUUCCAGAUGUUUCCAACUGGGGAUGCUUCGUGAGUGCCUGUAAGAUCCACUCUGUUGGAGUGGAUAGGAGUGUUGGUGCUGCUUGCAAUGCCAUCGCGAUGGAUCCUAAAAACUCAGCGCCAUACGUGGAUUUUGCGACAAUUUUUACUGAUGAGUGGUUAAACUAG